UUCAAGACCAGCAUGGCCAAGAUGGUGAAACCCUGUCUCUACCAAAAAUAUAAAAAUUAGCCUGGCGUGGUGGUGGGUGCCUGUAAUCCCAGCUACGUGGGAGGCUGAGGCAGAAAACUGCUUGAACCUGGGAGACGGAGGUUGCAGUGAGUCGAGAUUGUGCCACUGCACUCCAGCCUAGGUGACAGAGCGACACUUUGUCUCAAAAAAAAAAAAAAAAAUGUCUUUAAUGCAGUUUUCUCUGUAGUCAUGCUUUCAAACUGGGAUCCAGGUUUUUGAAGCCAGGCACUAGGAACUAAACAAACCUAUGGGAUAAAUAUGGAAGGUGCACCUUCUUGUAUUACCACUUUUUUUUUCAAAAAAGAUUUUUAGGGAGGUAAGAGUUAAAUAAUUUACUCGAUAAGUCAUUUGAAAUGGCUUACAUUUAAACACACAUUGCAUCUGUGUAAUGUAGGUAAAUCAUUUAAAAUUUUGAAAAAGAUACCACGUAAGACAUGCCUUUGUUCCUCCUUAAAAUUUUUUUUUUGAAAAAGAAAAUAAACAUUAAUAAAAUGUGGGUUAGGCUGGGCUCAGUGGCUCACACCUGUAAUCCCUACACUUUGGGAGGCUGAGGGAGUCAGAUCAUGAGGUCAAGAGAUCAAGACCAUCCAGACCAACAUGGUGAAACCCUCUCUACUAAAAAUACAGAAUUAGCUGGGCAUGGUGGCGCCCACCUGUAGUCCCAGCUACUCAGGAGGCUGAGGCAGGAGAAUCGCUUCACCCAGGAGGUGAAGGUUGCAGUGAGCUGAGGUUGUGCCACUGCACUCCAGCCUGGUGACAUAGUAAGGCUCUGUCUCAAAUUAAUUAAUUAAUUAAUUAAAAGUAGGGUAAAAUGCAAAUAUAAAAAUAAAUUUUAAGAGAAAAGCAUGAGGUCAGAGACAUAUCAGGCUUAAAUAGGAUACUUCAGUAAUAUCCCAAACUCCCCUAGGAAUAUAUUUUGGUUUUUCUUGCAACUUAAGGUUGCUUCAUGAAAAAAUUUGAGGGACAUUGCUAUGGGCAAACCAGCAUGGGCUACUACGGAAUCAUACAGAUUUGGAUUUGUAUCACAUGUCUGGAAGUUACCAACUAUGUGACCUUCAGCAAGUUACCCAGUCUCCUCAUCUGCAAGUAGAAGAGAAUAUCUCCUGGGGUUUUGGGCAAGGUUCAAUGAACACAUAUACAGUAUUUAUCAAAAAAAAAGGUACAUAAUAAAUCUGAGUCUGUUUCUCCAUUUUUAUAGUAUCUUAAUGUGCAUGUUCACUUGGAAUAAGUCCUUAUAGAAUACCUAGCUCAGCAGAAUGCUGAUGCUGAGACAUUUUUUAAAAAUGUCUACAAUUGGGCUGGGCGCGGUGGCUGACGCCUAUAAUCCCAGCACUUUGGGAGGCCGAGGCGGAUCACGAGGUCAAGAGAUCGAGACUAUCCUGGUCAACAUGGUGAAACCCGACUCUACUAAAAAUACAAAAACUAGCUGGGCAUGGUGGUGAGCACCUGUAGUCCCAGCUACUCGGGAGGCUGAGGCAGGAGAAUUGCUUGAACCCAGGAGACGGCGGUUGCGGUGAGCUGAGAUCGUGCCAUUGCACUCCAGUCUGGGUAACAACAGCGAAACUCUGUCUCAAAAAAAAAAAAGUCUACAAUUGGGCCAGAUACAGUGGUUCACACCUGUAAUCCCAGCACUUUAGGACUCUGAGAUUGGGGGAUCACUUGAGGUCAGGAGUUUAAGACCAGCCAGGGCAUCGUGGUAAAACCCCAUUUCUACUAAAAGUACAAGAUUAACUCGGGGUGGUAAAGGGUCCUGUGUUUUUUUCAGAUGGAGUUUUGCUCUUGUUACCUAGGCUGGAGUGCAAUGGCACGAUCUCGGCCCACCGCAACCUCCGCCUCCUGGGUUCAAGCAAUUCUCCUGCCUCAGCCUCUUGAGUAUCUGGGAAUACAGGUGCGCGCCACCAUGCCCAGCUAAAUUUUUUGUAUUUUUAGUAGAGAUGGGGUUUCACCAUGUUGACCAGGAUGGUCUCGAUCUCUUAACCUUGUGAUCCACCCGCCUCGGCCUCCCAAAGUGCUAGGAUUAUAGGCGUGAGCCACCAUGCCCGGCCAAGGGUGCCUGUUAUCCCAGCUACUUGGAAGGCUGAGGCAGGAGAACCACUGGAACAUGGGAGGCAGAGAUUGCAGUGAGCUGGUAUCACCACACUGUACCCCAGCCUGGGUGACAAGAGGAAAACAAGACAAAACAAAACAAGUCUGCAAUUGUAAAAGUGCCAAAGUAAAGUGCUUUUACAUAUUUUAUUUUCUUCAACUGGAUCCUUACAGUAAUCCUAUGACUGGAGUCUCCAUUCAGGAUUAGCACCAUGAAGAUUGGAUCACUAAAACAAAAUUAAAUAUUUGUUAAAUGCAAGUUAUGUGUCAGAUGACAGGGUAAACAACACAGAUUAUCUGCCCUCAUGGAGUUUAUAAUCCAUCAGGAUCUUUUUUGAGUAUGUCUGACAUUUUGUGUUUCUGACUUGUGUAGCUAUCUUGAUAUAAUACUAAAAGUAGGAAGGAGCUAUUACUGUCAAUAUCUAUAGUUAACCUGUUAGAGUAUUCCAGUAAUGAGACAUUUUCAGGUUGACUGGGCUGUUUUCUGGAGAUGUAUGAGAGGAAUAAUAUAAACACUUUUGUUAGAGCUGGGGAGAAGUUUAUUUUCUUUUAGCCUAAGAACAUAGAACUUUAAAAAAUAUUGACCAUGGCUGUGUGUGAUUGCUCAUUCCUGUAAUCCCAGCACUUUGGGAGGCUGAGGUGGAUGGAUCACUUGAGGUCAGGAGUUCCAAGACCAGCCUGGCCAACAUGGUGAAACCCUAUCUCUACUAAAAAUGCAAAAAUUAGGCAGGUAUGGUGGCAGACACCUGUAAUCCCAGCUUCAGGAGGCUAAGGCAGGAGAAUUGCUUGAACCCCAGAGAUAGAGAUUGCUGUGAGCUGAGAUCCCACCACUGCACUCCAGUCUGGAUGAUUGGGUGAGACUGCAUCUCAAAAAAAAAGAAAAAAGAAGAGAUGACCUUUCAUGUUCAAGUUGAUCUGGGAAUGGAGAAAGAAGUGAAUGUUGUUUGGACUGAGGGAAAAAAAACCUCUGAAUGAAGGCAUAGCUUUAGAGAUGGUUAUGAUAAAGCUUCUUUAAGGCCUCAGACAUAUAUAGUAGCAGUAUUAAUUUUACAAGGCGUUAUACAUAAUAGAAGCCCAAUAUGUAUUUGCUGUCCACAGACUCCUUGACACAUUCUUCUCACUUGACUUCGUAUUGCUACACUUCUGAUUUCCUUUCUACAUAUUUGGCUUUUCUGUCUCCCUUGCAAGCUCAUCCUCCAUAACCUGGGCAUGGCAGUGACUCUCAAAUUUCUAUAUCUAGCCCUGACCUUCUGCCCUCUGGAUGCAAAUAUCUAAUUACCUACUGGACAAUUCAAAGUCUCCUCCAACUCAGCCUAUCUUAAAUCUAACUCAUUAUCUUCACCCCACCCCCAGAACCUUACCCUUUUCUUGCAUUUCCUGCCUCCAUCAACUAUAUAUCCAUCCUUCCAUCUGCAUAAACCACAAACUUAGAAAUCAUUCUUGACACCUUCUUCCCUUUCGCUUUCCAUGUUCACUGCACUCCAUGGCAGGAGUGCAGUGGCAUGAUCAUAUCUCACUGCAACCUUGAACUCCCGGGCUCAAGGAAGAGAUCUUCCUGCCUUGGCCUCCUAAGAAGCUGAGAAUAAUAGGCACAUGCCACUGUGCCCAGCUAAUUUUUUAUUUUUUUAUUUUUUUUGAGACAGAGUUUCGCUGUUCUUACCCAGACUGGAAUGCAAUGGCAUGAUCUCAGCUCACCGCAGGCUCUGCCUCCUGGGUUCAAGCAGUUCUCUGCCUCAGCCUCCCGAGUAGCUGGGACUACAGGCGCACACCACCAUGCCCAGCUAAUUUUUGUAUUUUUAGUAGAGACGAGGUUUUGCCUUGUUAACCAGGAUGGUCUCGAUCUCUUGACCUCGUGAUCCACCCGCCUUGGCCUCCCAAAGUGCUGGGAUUAUAGGCGUGAGCCACCGCGCCCGGCCAAUUUUUAAAAUUUUUUAUAAAGACAAGGUGUUGCCCAGACUGGUUUUGAACUCCUGGCCUCAAGUCAUCUUCCUGCCUUGGCCUCCCAAAGUGCUGGGAUUACAGAUGUGAGCCACCAUGGUCCUACUGGCAUGAUCUUUUUACAGUACAUUUCACUUCAUGUCACUCAUUAUUUUGCUCUUAGGAUAAAGACCAAAUUUCCUAAUCAGGCUUAAAAAAAAGGCUUGCAUGUAGGCCGGGCAUGGUGACUCACACCUAUAAUCUCAGCACUUUGAGAGGCUGAUACAGGUGGCUUACAAGGUAAGGAGAUUGAGACUAUCCUGGCUAACAUGGCGAAGCCUGUCUCUACUAAAAAUACAAAACGUUAGCCGGGCAUGGUGGCAUGUGCCUGUAGUCCCAGCUACUCAGGAGGCUGAGGCAGGAGAAUCCCUUGAACCUGUGAGGCAGAGGUUGCAGUGAGCCGAGAUCGUGCCACUGUACUCCAACCUGGAUGACAGAUCCAGACUCUGUCUCAAAAAAAAUAAAAAAAAAAAAAGGACUGUGGUCUGGCAUAGUGGCUCCAUGCUUGUAAUCCUAACUUUUUGGGAAGUGGAGAUGGCCCGAUUACUUGAGCCCAGAAGUUUGAGCCCAGCCUGGGCAACAUGGUGAAACUCUCUCUUUCUACAAAAAAUACAAAAAUUAGCCAGACAUGGUGGUGCGUACCUGUAAUCCCAGAUACACAGGAGGCUCAGGUGGGAGGAUUGCUUGACCCUGGGAGGCCAAGGCUGCAAUGAGUUGUGAUGGUACCACUGCACUCUAGCCUGAAGAAGGCACUGCUAGUCACAUAUCUUCUGAAAUGGACAUUUUGGUUAUAUUGUUUGGUGGUAAUAGCAGUAUAGUUCACAUACCUCACCUUUUCCCUUACUUGAGUUGUUCCACCAGAUUUCCUUUUUCUUUUCUUUUCUUUUUUUUUUUUUCAGACAGAGUUUCCUGCUGUCACCCAAGAUGGAGUGCAAUCACAUGAUCUCAGCUCACUGUAACCCCUGCCUCCAGGGCUCAAGCAAUUCUUGUUCCACAGCCUCCCAAGUAGCUGGGAUUACAGGAGUGUGCCACCACAUAUUUUUGUAUUUUUAGUAGAGACAGGCUUUCACCAUGUUUGCCAGGGUGGUCUCAAACUCCUGGCCUCAAAUGAUCCACCUGACUUGGCCUCCCAAAAUACUGAGAUUAUAGGUAUGAGCUACUGCAUGCAUCCAGCCCUCCAACCAGAUUUCAAAGUAUGUUUUAUUUCACAAAACAAAAUAUUGGUAAUUCAUAGAUCAUACAUAUACAUAUAUUAGAUAAACUUAUUUGAAAAGGCAAGUAUGUAAAAAUCAAACCGAUAGACUGUCAAAGCAUCAGGCAGAACAAGUUGUCUGCUUGCAUCACAGAAUCUCCUACCUCCUUGUCCCAAUAUUCUUUUCGCCCCAUCUAAGACACCUCUUUGUUCUCGGUUGUUGCUUAACAAGAUUUUUAUUUUUAUUUAAUUAUUAUUUAUUUAUUUUUUGAGACAGAGUUUUGCUCUUUUCGCCCAGGCUGGAGUGCAGUGGCAUGAUCUCAGCUCACUACAGCCUCCACCUCCAGUGAUUCUCCUGUCUCAGCCUCUCGAGCAGCUGGGAUUACAGGUGCCUACCACCACACCCGGCUAAUGUUUUGUAUUUUUAGUAGAGAUGCGUUUUUGCCAUGUUGGCCAGGCUGAUCUCAAACUCCUAGGUUAUCUGCCCGCCUUAGCCUCCCAAAGUGCUGGGAUUACAGGUGUAAGCCACCGUGCCCAGCCCAAGAUUUUAAAACAGCUGUUUUUAAAACAGUAUUAUUUCUUCCUGUUGUAAAGAUAGAAAACUGUGAGCUUGAAGUCAGUAACAAGGAAAAAAAAGUUAUAAAACUCUGGCUAAUAUAUUUUGGCAGAGGAGAAGAUACCAGAAGAGUCCUUCUGUAAGAUAAAAGAUGUGGGAAAUUAGGGUGGUUCUAGUGUGAUCUUGGAAAGAAAAUUGAACAACAGUGUUAAACUUUGUAUCUCCAAUUCGAAUUUGUUUUUUUUUGUUUGGGGGGAGAUUUUUUGAGGUGGAGUCUCACUCUGUUGCCCAGGCUAGAGUGCAGUGGCAUAAUCUUGGCUCACUGCAACCUCCACCUCCAAGAGAUUCUCGUGCCUCAGCCUCUCUAGUAGCUAGGAUUACAGGUAUCCACCACCAUGCCUGGCUAAUUUAUAUAUUUUUAUUAGAGAUGGGUUUCACCAUGUUGGCCAGACUGGUGUCAAAUUCCUGUCCUCAAGUGAUCUGCCUGCCUUGGCCUCCCAAAGUGCUAGGAUUAGAGGCAGGAGCCAUAAUGUCCACCUGCUUCAUUCAAAAUUAGAAGUAGUGUUGUGCAAUUGUUCUUUCAAAUAAGAGUGAUCAUUGCUGCAUAUUUGAAAGAGCAUUUUGUAUAUAAGCUUGAUACUUCUGACUGAUAACCUGUACAGAGAUUGCAUUUUCAGAUGUGUAGACUGGAUUUUCAAAAAUAAUUUUACCAAAUUUCAUGUUUUCAAACUUACUCAGAUUACAUGUACAGCAGCUUGUUUAACUGCUCAAGAAAUUGGUGUGCACCUGCUUUCGCAGCUGCUGGGGGAGGUGAAGCAGGAGGAUCCGCUGAGGCCAGAAGUUUGAUAACUGCCUCACCCCAGCCUGGGCAACAAAGCAGGAUCUUGUUGGAGUGGGGAAGGGGGGACAAAAAGAAAAAAGACACCAUAGUGACAUCAUUAGCGCAAAACCUUGAAAGGCAGGAGCUGGUUUAUGUUAUUUACCUUUUAAUCUGUAGGGUGUCUUUAAGUUUUAUUUCAGUUGUGUCACCAAGCGUACUGGGAAAGGACAUACUGAAUGAUAUCACCAGAAGGGGUGUGGAGUAUGUAGAUAAGCGUGGUGACUAUUGGUUAUUCAUACCUUAGGCUUAUAUUUUCUAAGAUUUUGAAUAGCCAGAUAUUAAAAAGUUUGCACUGGGUUAUUGUAGUUUGAAAAAAUUUUUAUUCCAGAAAUUAGGGGUUCUACUGGUCGCAUCAGAAAAAUGACCAUAUAUAUAUAUAUAUAUAUAUAUAUAUAUUUUUUUUUUUUUGAGACGGAGUUUCGCUCUUGUUACCCAGUCUGGAGUGCAAUGGCGCGAUCUCGGCUCACUGCAACCUCCGCUUCCUGGGUUCAGGCAAUUCUCCUGCCUCAGCCUCCUGAAAUGACCCUAUAUUUAGAGUGGUUUGAAUCUAAGGGUGAGUUCUCAGGCAUCCUCACUAGCUCAGGCUUAACUAACAGUAGUAAUAUGAAAAUCAAGAAAGUCAUUUUUCUUUGGUUUAAGUUUGUCAAUUGUACUCUAAGUGUAGGGGAUGUGGUUGAAUAAUUUGUGGUAGAGGUAGGACUGUGAUUGUUUUCUACCCUGGUCUGGUUUCGUUUUAGAAGGUUUUUAUUGGUUAUGGUGGCUUGUACUUGUAAUUUUGGUACCCUUGUGAAGUCAGCAGUUUAAAACCUGCUUGAACCCAUCUCUACUAGAGAUACAGCAAUUGGGUGGGUAUGGUGCACUCCAGCCUGGGUGACAGAGCAAGAAAAGACAUUGCAUCUUGUGUCUUCCACCACAAUCUCCUGUUUUGGAGUAUCCAGAGGUUUAUAUUUCUGAACAGUCAUUUUCUCCUUCACACAUAUUUCUGGUCUCACCCCACUUCACUUGUUGGUUGGUGCUAUAAUUGAGUACUACAGUGAUUUGCUGUUACAAUCAGAAGUCUUCAGUUAAAUUUUUCAGGAGGCUCUAAAGGAAUGCUAACUCUCACACUUUCCUUGCUUGUAGCCCUUUCAUUUUCCAAGCUAGCAAUUUAGCAUCUUCUGACUUUUCUUCUGUCUUUGUAUCUUUUUGUGGAUCUCUAGAGUCCUUUUUUUUUUUUUUUUUUUUUUUUGGAGAUGGAGUUUUGCUCUUGCAGCCCACGCUGGAGUGCAAUGGCGUUAUUGGCUCACUGCAACCUCAGCCUCACAGGUUCAAGGGAUUCUCCUGCCUCAGCCUUCCGAGUAGCUGGGAUUAUAGACAUGCACUGCCACGCCUGGCUAAUUUUUGUAUUUUUAGUAGAGAUGGGGUUUCACCAUGUAGAGUGGUCUUGCACUCCUGACCUCAGGUGAUCCACCUGCCACAGCCUCCAAAAGUGCUGAGAUUACAGGUGUGAGCCACCGCACCCGGCUCCAGUGUCCUUCAUUUUAAGGACACUGUGAUUACAUAAGGUUCAUCUGGAUAAGCUUUUCAUCUUAAAUCAAUCCCAUCUAAAAACUUCCCUUUAUAAUGGAAAAUGUUACAGGUUCCAGGAAUUAAGAUGAGUACAUUUUUGGUGGGCCAUUAUUCUGCCUUAUUCUACCACCACAACUACAAAAGCCUCAGAUUUGUCAGGAGCCUUUUUUUUUUUUUUUUUUUUUUUUGAGAUGGAGUUUCCCUCUUGUUGCCCAGGCUGGAGUGCAAUGGCUUGAUCUUGGCUCACUGCAACCUCCACCUCCUGGGUUGAAGUGAUUCUCCUGCCUUGGCCUCCCGAGCAGCUGGGAUUACAGACGUGCACCACCAUCCUAGGCUAAUUUUUGUAUUUUUAGUAGAGACGGGGUUUUAACAUGCUGAUCUCAAGCGAUCCGCCACCUUGGCCUCCCAAAGUGCUGGGAUUACAGGUGUGAGCCACCAAACUCGGCUCAUUGGGAGCUUUUUAUGUCACCAAAAGAGGCUUGGAGUAUGUAGAUAAGCACAGUGUCUUCUGGUCUCAUUCACAUUGUCCAUACAUUUCUUAGGAUAUUGUAAAUAUUCUGGGUCCACAGUGUUGUUUCUGGCUUUUUUUUUUUUUUUUUGAGACGGAGUUUUACUCUGUCACCCAGUGGUCUCAGCUCACUGCAACCUCUGCCCCCCACGUUCAAGUGAUUCUCCUGCCUCAGCCUCCUGAGUAGCUGGGACUACAGGUGCAUACCACCACACCUGGCUAAUUUUUAUAUUUUUAGUAGAGAGGGGGUUUCAUUGUGUUGGCCAGGCUGGUCUCAAACUCCUGACCUUAUGGUCCUUCCGCUUUGGCCUUCUAAAUGCUGGGAUUACAAGCAUGAGUCACCAUGCCCAGCCAUUUCUGGCUCUUAAACUUUGGAAAAGUCUUUAUCUUUUAAGUGGUAGGCUAGACCUUGUGCAAGGAGAGUGACCCUAUGUGAAGAGUGUUUUGAAUCUGAGAGUGAGAUGUCAGGCAACAACCAUAUCUUUCACUUACCUGGCAGGAAAGAUACCCUGAGCACAGGGCUUGGCAUGACUACACAAGGAAACAAAAACAUCCUCACAGAUUUUCAGAAUUUCCCUUUGGGAAUGUUUCAGCUGUCAUGGAGAACCACUCAAUUGUGGAGAAUGUUUGAAACAGCUGGGUAAAAUAAAUUUUUAAAAAAGAUAUGCAUAAAAGGAAUGCCGGCCGGGUGUGGUGGCUCACGCCUAUAAUAUUAGCACUUUAGGAGACUGAAGCGGGUGGAUCACUUUAGGUCAGGAGUUCAAGACCAGGCUGGCCAACAUUGAGAAACCCCGUCUCUACUAAAAAUACAAAAAUUAGCUAGGUGUGGUGGUGCACCCCUGUAAUCCCAGCUACUGGGGAGGCUGAGGCAGGAGAAUCGCUUGAACCUGGGAGGCGGAGGUUACAGUGAGCCAAGAUUGUGCCAUUGCACUGCAGCCUGGGCGACAGAGCAAGAUUUUGUCUCAAAAAAAAAGAAAGAAAGAAAGAAAAGAAGGAAUGCCAAGUAGCAGAGCAGUGAGAAUGUAGUUGCAGUUUGCAUAAAUUUGGAGUAUCUGGAGUAAGAGUGCUGAAAGAUUCUGCAACUUUCUUUCUCCAGCAGUGCUGGGGAAAUGGGAGUUGAGGAGAUGACUGCUGGUUGGAUCUCGGAUCAGUUAGAGCAGGGAGUCCAACCUCCUGGGCCGCACAUGGUACCAGUUGGUGGCCUAUUAGGAACUAGGCCACAUAGUAGGAGGUGAAUGGGUAUUAACUCCUAAGCUUUGCCUCCUGUCAGAUCAGCAGCCACAUUAGAUUCUCAUAGGAGUGCCAACCCUAUUGUGAACUGAGCAUGCGAGGGAUCUACACUGCACACUCUAUGAGAAUCUAAUGCCUGAUGAGCUGAGGUAGAAGAGUUUCAUCCCGAAACCUUCCCACCCCGCCCCCAUUAUCUGUGGAAAACUUGAGAAUUGUCUUCUAUGAAACUGAUCCCUGAUGCCAAAAACGUUGGGGAUCUCUGAGAUAGAGGAAAUAUGCUAUGCUGCAGCAUGAAGUAGGUGAGAGAGGGGGCUAAAGGCCUCGUGAAUGAGAUGACCUGGGAAGUCUGAAGGAUCAGAUGAAUUGCGGGAUGAGCUGUGGCAGGGAUAACCUGAGGUCCAGGGAAGGCUUUUGAAAGCUUAAAAUGUAUAAAAUGUUGAGAAAAUGGAACAAGAAAACAAGUUUUUAAAAUGUAUUUCUAAUCUAGCAAAAAGAGAAAUCCACAGUGACCCAGAGAAAGAAACAAAUCCGGAAAGGAAAGGUAGGGAUGUACCCUGUGUAUUUCCUGAGGACAUUGGCUAUCCUCGGAAGCUCCGGGCUGGGAUCACAGGCAGGAAACAAAGCCUGGGGCCUGAGCUGGGUGGGAUGUCUGACUAGAGAGUCCCUCCGCAUUCUAUAAAGUGGCAACCCCAGGAGAUGAACACCCUCAGUUCUGAGGAAUGCCCCCUCCCCAAGAGAAAGAUGUUAGGGAUAUGUGUCUAUGUAAGCCUCACUUAGAGAAUGGGAAGGAGCACAGAAAUCUUCACCACUAUCUCAUACUCACAGUCCCUCAAAAUGGACCAGAAUUCAUACGAAUAUGUGCAUAUGAUAGGGGAUGGCACAGAAAGUUACUUUGAAUUAGCCUGGCUUGGUAAUGUCCCCAGGCACCAGGCAGAAACAAAAGAAAACCCUCUGUAGUCUGUUUAUUUCUCAAAAUGAAAGUACAAUAAUUGAAAUAACAAUCUUAGUGAAUGGGUUAAAGAGCAGACAUUGUCAAGGAGAAUUAGUGAAGACAUACAUAUCUGAAAAAUUACCCAGGAUGCAGCUCAAAUAAAUAUAGAGAUGGGAAAAUGCAAGAAAGGUUCAAAGAUAUGGAGACUAGAAUGAGAAGGGUCAAGAAAAAUGUAAUGGGAGUUCCAAAUGGUGGAGUGCAAGCAAUAUUUGAAAAGGUAAUGGUAUAUAUAAAUGUAUUUAUUGUGUAUACAUUGUUUUGAAGUAUCUAUACAUUGUGGAAUGGCUACAGGGAGCUAAUUAACAUAUGCAUUACUUAUGUACUUAUUUUAUUGUAGUGAAUAUGCUUAAAAUACACUCUCAGGAAUUUUCAAGAAUAUAUUAAGUAUAGUCACCGUUUUUUUUUUAGAGGGAUUCUCACUCUGUCCCCCAGGCUACAUACAGUGCAGUGGCGUGAUCUUGACUCACUGCAACUUCUGCCUUCUGGGUUCAAGUGUUUCUCUUGCCUUGGCCUUUUGAGUAGCUGGGAUUACAGGUGCCUGCCACCACACCUGGCUAAUUUUCAUAUUUUUAGUAGAGAUGGGGUUUCUCCAUGUUUGGCCAGGCUGGUCUCGAACUCCUGACCUCAAGUGAUCCACCUGUCUCCGCCUCCCAAAGUGCUGCAGUCAAUUACAGGUGUGAGCCACUGCACCUGACUAAAUUUAGUUUCUUGAUCCUUGAUGAUAUCCUUUUUUUUUUUUUUUUUUUUUUUGAGAUAGAGUCUCACACCGUCAUCCAGGCUGGAGUGUAGUGGUGUGAUCUCAGCUCACUGAAACCUCUGCCUCCCAGGUUGAAGCAAUUCUCCUGCCUCAGCCUCCCAAGUAGCUGAGACUACAGGUGUGUCCCACUGUGCCCAGCUAAUUUUUUGGAUUAGAGACGGGGGUUUCACUCUAUUGGUCAGGCUGGUCUUGAACUCCUGACCUUGUGAUCCACCCACCUAGACCUCAUGCUCAUGGGAUUACAGGCAUGAGCCACACGCCUGGCCAGAUCCUUGAUCAUAUUUUUAUCUUCCCAAGGUUUUUUUUUAAUCUUCCCAAAGUUUAUUCAGGCUUCCCAUACUCCUUUUCUAUCACAGUUCUCAGACUGCUUUCUAAUCAUCAUACACACAUCCUAUAGAUAGAUGGGUAGAUAAAAAGAUAUGUAAGUGUAGAUAUCCUCCAUGCCAGGUACGUUGCUAGCCUGAGACUCCAGCAGUGACUAAGAUGAAAACUCUCCGGUCCUUGGAUAGUCAGUAGUCUAGUCCAGGAAACUGACUGAUAAUCACACAGUGGAAUAAUGAAUGGAUUGGAGAUGUGAUAAAAACUACAAGAGAAAUUAAAUAACUCUUACUGUGAUAACAGAGGGUUCUCAGCAUGGGAAGAGAAGUCAGAUUUAGCAUGGUAAAAACAUUUUAAGCAAGGGAAACUACACAGGCAAAGGCUCUGAGGCUGGAAGGAGGCUGUGCCUGUAGCUGUGGCUGUGGCAUGGUGGACAGUACAGGGAGGCUGGAAAGGCUAUGGAGCCAGCCCAUGCAGAACCUCGAGCAUGGGAAAGAGUUGGGGUUUUAUCCAGAGGGCAAUAAAGGGGUAUUGAAGGGCUUUGGGCAAUGGAGUAACAUUAGAUUAGAGCAGCACCAAUGCUCCUUCUUGACAUCUUGUUAACAUGUAUUCACAUGAGGGUGCUUCCUGCUAAACCUCAAUCAAGUCUCAAGCUGCUUGGCUUUUUUUUUUUUUUUUUUUUUUUUUUUUUUUUUUGAUAGGAAGUCUUGCUCUGUUGCCAGGCUGGAGUGCUAUGGAGUGAUCUCAGCUUCCUGCAACCUCUGCCUCCCAGGUUCAAGCAGUUCUGCUUCAGCCUCCUGAGUAGCUGGGAUUACAGUUGCCUGCCACCACAACCAGUAAUUUUUGUAUUUUUAGUAGAGAUAGGGUUUUACCACUUUGGCCGGGCUGGUCUCAAACUCCUGACCUCAAGUGAUCCACCCACCUCGACCUCCCAAAGUGUUAGGAUUAUAGGCAUGAGCCUCUGCGCCCAGCAGCUGGCUUGUUAUAUUCUUUAGCCAUCCUCUGGUCAUUUUUAGCAAAUAUGACAAACUCAUCUCUCCCCGCUUUUUUACACAAUACAGAUGUAUCCGUAAUCCUCCAUUCAUACAGUGUUGAUAAUUGCCAGGUUCCAUUUUUCAUGCUUGCCUAGAACAGUGGUUCUCAGCCUUUUUUUCUAAUUUGACAUAUACCCAGAACAAAUGAUAAUCACUUGUCAGAAAGUUUCCACCCUACAGCUUCUCAAACUGUGUGAUGUAACAUACUGACCCCCCAAUCCUGAGGGCCUUUGGGUGGGAUGUUAGAGUGGGUGACUGGAGCCCUUGGGCCAGUUACCUCACAUAGCAGUUCACCUGGGGUGCCACAUGCUUUCUGGGUGAUCCAGAUUGUUUUUCUAUAGAUGUCACCCUAGUUCUGUGUGCAUAAAAAUAAAAAAGGGCUGGGGCUCACUUUUUAUAUAUCUGGACUUUAAUCCCAGCACUUUAGGAGGCCAAGGCAGGUGGAUCACCUGAGGUCAGGAGUUCAAGACCAGCCUGGCCAAGAUGGUGAAAUCCUCUCUACUCAGAAUACAAAAAAUUAGCCAGGCAUGGUGGCGUGCACCUGUAGUCCCAGCUACUUGGGAGGCUAAGGCAGGAGAAUUGCUUGAACCUGGGACGGGAGGUUGCAGUGAGCUGAGAUUGUGCCAUUGCACUCCAGCCUGGGCAAAAGUGAGACUCUGUCAAUAAAUAAAUAAAUAUUAGCUAGGCGUGGUGAUGGGCACCUGUAAUCCCAGCUACUCAGGAGGCUGAGGCAGCAAAACUGCUUGAACUCAGGAGACAGAGGUUUCAGUGAGCUGACACAGUGCCACUGCACUCCAGCCUGGGCGACAGAGUGCUAUUAUAUCUCAAAUAAAUAAAUAAAUAAAAUGGAAGUGCUCUCCAGGGACAUGUGGAUUUUAAUGCCUCCUCUACCACUUGAACACAUUUCUGCCUCUUUUGGCCUCAGUUUUCUCAUCUGCAAAAUGGAGAUAUUAUCUAUUCUGUAGAAUUGUUGAGUGGAUUAAAUGAGUAAGGUGUGUGAAGUUCUUGUCCCUGUGCUGGUGCACCAUGAGCCUUCAGUGGGCAUUGGAUGAGAUGAUUUAGUAGACAGUCAUGACUGGACCCAGGCUCCAGUUACUUCUUCCACAUUUGCAGGGGUUUAUAGUUACUAGAGCUCCUCCAGGAAUAUCAGUAGCAGAGGCUUUGGUAGCUGGGAGAGGUGCAAUUUUUUGCUGUAAGGAUAACUUUGUUUAGAACCAUGAGGAUAGGUAUAGGGACCACUGCAACCGGGUCUUGCAGUGGAGGAGAAAGAUUAGGCAUAAGUCUGAAGUACAGCAUGGGCAAAUGGGAAUUUAUACCCAAGGAGUAGUGUGAAGGUCAGUGGAUGGAAAAUUACCAAGAGGAAACAUCAGGGGUAAGAGGAAUUCUGGCUAAACUGAUCUAACAGGAUUCUUGCUGAAGACAGGCUGGGGUGAUCAGCUAUCACUUGGGAGUUAGUAUAGGAUGAGGAACCUGAUGAGAUUUGGAGAAUGGGGGUUUCAGCUAAAUUGACUUAGCAGAGUUCCUUUACUAAAAUUGGAAUUUACAAGAACAUGCACAUACUGGCCUAUGAGAAGUUUCAGAAGCCUGACCAAAGUUUGGCUAAGCAAAGAAUCUUUUUUUUUUUUUUGAGCCAUAGUCUUACUCUCUUGCCCAGGCUGGAAUGCAGUGGUGCAAUCUCUGCUCACUGCAGCCUCCGCCUCCCAGGUUCAAGCAAUUCUCCUGCCUCAGCCUCCCAAGCAGCUGGGAUUAGAGGUACACACCACCACACCCUGCUGAUUUUUUAAAUUUUUAGUAGAGACAGGGUUUCACCAUGUUGGCCAGGCUGAUCUCAAACUUCUGACCUCAGGUGAUCCACCUGCCUCAGCCUCCUAAAGUGCUGGGAUUACAGGUGUGAGCCACCAUGCCUGUCCAGCAAAGAAUCUUUGUCAUGCCUCAGGUUCUUUAUCCACGAAAUGGGAGUGUGAUUCCAUUUUCUACCUCAGAGUCGUGAGGAUUAACCAUAAAGUCCAGAUGCAUAGUAAACAUUCAGUAGAUAGUUAGUUGUUAGUAUUUCUUUGCAACGAGCCAAGAUACUGCACUCCAGCCUGGUGACAGAGAGAGACUCCGUCUCAAAUUAAAUAAAUAAUUAAAUGAAUGAAAUAAAAAUAAAUAAAAAUGGUGUUUUAUUAUAUAAGUUCAUAAAGCAGUUGUGACUGUCAAAAAGUCAACGUUAUACACAUACAUACACAUCUGUACAUGUACAUCAUAUAUACACAUGUAAGAGCACUCUGUUAGGAAAUCCAGACCUGAUGCUACUUCCCUGUGCGGCAGGAACUGCAGAUACUUGAAUCUUGGCUAAGUCAGUUUGGGGUCCCAAAGUACAGGGGACAACAGUGGAGGGGCUGAAUAGCCUGGGUGGGGGGUAGCUGCAUUUCACACGCAUUCUGUUAUUCAGUCCUCACAGAAAUCUUGUGAGCGAGGCAGGCAGUAUUACUCCCACUUUACAAUUUUAGGAAAUGGAAACAGAGAGACAGAGUUUAAUGAAGACCCAGAGUGGAGGAGCAAUUCAGACCUGGCCUUCCCCUAUGCCGCCCCUAAAGCCACCUCCUCCCUGACUGCCCUGCCCAGCAGUGCUGAUUCAGACUCGUUGUUAGAAAUCUACUCCAGAAUCUUUACGUGUACCCACUAAGGGAAAGAAUCAACAUUUCGCGUCAGCCUCCCCAAGACGACAGCUGCUGAAGACGAGUUCCUGCCACCGCUGUGGCUCCCUAAGCUGUUCGAUUCCGGCAAACAGCUACUGGAUGAAGUUGAAGGAGCAGCUGAACCCACCGGUUCCGGGAUAAUCCAGGAGAAGGUGUCCAAGGGCUUCGACCUCCUUGAGAAGGCUGCCAAAAUGUUAUCGCAGCUUGACUUGUUCAGCCGAAAUGAAGAUUUGGAGGAGAUUACUUCCACCGACCUGAAGUACCUGAUGGUGCCAGCGUUUCAAGGAGCCCUCACCAUGAAACAAGUCAACCCCAGUAAGCGUCUAGAUCAUUUGCAGCAGGCUCGCAAACACUUUAUAAACUACUUAACUCAGUGCCAUUACUAUCAUGUGGCCGAGUUUGAGCUGCCCAAAACCAAGAACAACUCAGGUGAAAAUCACACUGCUAUUACCUCCCUGGCUUAUCCUAGCCCCGUUGCUAUGGCAUCUCAAAGGCAGGCUAAAAUAGAGAGAUACAAGAAGAAGGAGUUGGAGCAUAGGUUGUCUACAGUGAAAUCUGAAGUGGAAAGUGGUCAAGCAGAUGAUGAGCGUGUUCGUGAAUAUUAUCUUCUUCACCUUCCGAGGUGGAUUGAUAUCAGCUUAGAAGAGAUUGAGAGCAUUGACCAGGAAAUAGAGAUCCUGGGAGAGAAAGACUCUUCAAGAGAGGCAUCCACUUCUAACUCAUCUCGCCAGGAGAGGCCUCCAGUGAAACCUUUCAUUCUCACUCGGAACAUGGCGCAAGCCAAAGAAUUUGGUACUGGUUAUCCAAGUCUGGCUUCUGUGACAGUGAGUGACUGGUAUGAUCAACAUUGGAAACAUGGAGCGUUACCAGAUCAGGGAAUAGCCAAGGCAACACCAGAAGAAUUCGGAAAAGCCACUCAGCAAGGGAAAGAUCAAGAAAAGGAAAAAGAGGAUGAUGAACAAACACUCCAGGGAGCUCGGGAGUGGGAUGACUGGAAGGAUGCCCACCCUAGGGGCUAUGGCAACCGACAGAACAUGGGUUAAUUUUCCCACAACACAGCAGCACUGCAGGGUGCACACCUUCCCGGGCAAGGAAAACCAUGUAGCUUCCCCUCCCCCUGGGCUACCCCUACAGCUGUGUACAAUGAAGGCAAAGAUGCUUAAUGUUCAUGCUUGCUUUGAGUUCAAUAAAGUAUUAAAUUAUUAAGCAUGUAUUUGUACCCUAGAUGAUGUGAGCCAGUAAUCUAGUUUUGGCAUCAUCAUCCUCAUCCUGGUGUGUUCCAAUUUCUUUUCUUUUUUAUUUUAAAAAGAGAUGGGGUCUCGUUCUCGUUCUCCAGCCCAGGCUGGAGUGCAGUGGCUAUUCACAGGUGCAAUCCCACUACUGAUUAGCACGGGAGUUUUGACCUGCUCCUUUUCCGACCUGGGCCGGUUCACCCCUUCUUAGGCAACCUGGUGGUCCCCGGUUCCCGGGAGGUCACCAUAUUGAUGACGAACUUAGUGCGGACAUCCGAUUGGCAUAGCACACUACAGCCCAGAACUCCUGGGCUCAAGCCAUCUUCCCACCUCAGCCUCCCGAGUAGCUGGGACUACAGGCAUGCGCCACCGCCCCCGGCCCAAUUUCUUAAGUGGAAAGAAAAGGGCACUGAGGGCCGGGCGCGGGGCUCAUGCCUGUAACUCCAGCACUUUGGGAGGCUGAGGUAGGCGGAUCACCUGAGGUCAGGAGUUCGAGACCAGCUGGCCAAGGUGAUGAAACCCCAUCUAAUGGGGUUUUGUAUUUUGUACUAAAAAUACAAAACUACCGGGCGUGGUGGCAGGCGCCUGUAAUCCCAGCUACUCGGGAGGCUGAAGCAGGAGAACUGCUUGAACCCGGGAGGCGGAGGUUGCAGUGAGCCGAGAUCACGCCAUUCCACUCCAGUCUGUGCAACAAAAGUGAAACUCCGUCUCAAAAAAAAAAAAAAAGCACUGAGAAAUGGCUCUGUAUAAUUAAUGGUUGUAUGAAUUCUCUGAAAAUAAUAAUAAUAAUAAAGCCCGUGCAGAAAAAAGAAAAAAAAUUCUUAUCACACAAGGCGAUUUUUUUUUAAUCGGAGCAGUAUCUAGAGCGAAUGGAGAAAGCAGUAAGGGCAGCCAGACGUAUGUGUAACGUCACUAUAAGAGGCGGGGAUAUGUAGAUAGGGGCGCAGUGAUUGACGGUUCUAGUGCGUUCUUCUCACAGAGAAUUUUUCUAGCGAAUAUCAGACAAGGUGUAGUCUGAGAUGUGUCAUACAAAGAAGCGGUAGUUUCGAACCGAACGCCUAACUCAUAAUACAACUUGCCAUGACUAAGAUGUGUAUUAAAGAUGUUGAGGUAGUAGCAGUCACCGUUCGUGUUUCAAAAAGCACUGUUAUGAAGGUGGUUGUUUUGUAGCGUGGUUUGAGUGUAGUGAUCUUUGAAGUUUUUCCCAAGUAUAGCAAUCUGGUAUAUAAUUGUGGUAGUCCCGGGCUGUGUUUUCACAUUCCCCUCGAAGUUUAGGUUGAAGAGCGCUAUAUAAGGUAGCGUUAUCAUUGUAAUGCUGUGUAUUUGUAGUUUUGGUAACUGGCUUACGACUUUUUCUUUUUUAUCUUUUUUUUUUUUUUUUUUGGCUUAUGGCUUUUCAGUUGUUUGCUUUGGGUUUAAUUAGGUAAAGACCCAAACACCAGUUACUCCCCUCAAUAUCUGAGUUUUAGCCUGGCAAAACAGAGAAGAGGGUUUCCUCUGAGUGAGGCUGCUGAGCUUCUGCUAGUGAUUCCUUCAGGAUUCCAUGUCCCCGCCGCCUCCCCCCCCAUCCCCGAGACACACACACACAGACGAGACAAGAACAGGCACAAGCCUUCACAAAUCAGAAUUCUAAAACGAGAUUUAGGCCCAGCGUUGUGGCUCAUGCCUGUAAUUACAGCACUUUUGGGAGGCUGAGGUGGGAGGAUCACUUGAACCUGGGAAUUCAAAAUCAGCCUGGACAGCAUAGUGAUACCUCAUCUCUAUUUAAAAAAAUAAAUAAAAAUAAAACCAUAUUUGGCCAGCAUGGUGGCUCACACCUAUAAUCCCAGAACUUUGGGAGCCUGAGGCAGGAGGAGUAUUUGAGGCCAGGAGUUGAAGAUCAAUCAUCCUGGGCAACAUAGCAAGUUCCCACCUCAAAAAAAAAUUUAAAUAAAAUAAGUAAAUAAAACCAAAUUUCUUUUUUUUCCCUUUUUUUUUUUUGAGACAAGAGUUUUGCUCAGUCACCCAAGCUGGAGUGCAAUGGCUUGAUCUUGAUUCACUGUAACCUCCACCUCCCUGGUUCAAGCAAUUGUCGUGCCUCAGCCUCUUGAGUAGCUGGGACUGCAGGUGCUUGCCACCACCCCUGGCCAAUUUUUUUUUUUUUUUUUUUGAGAUGGAGUCUCACUCAGUCGCCCAGGCUGGAGUGCAAUGGCAUGAUCUCGGCUCACUGCAACCUCCACUGCCUGGGUUCAAGCAAUUGUCCUAUCUCAGUCUCCUGAGUACCUAGGACUACAGGUGCCCACUACCGUGCCCAGCUAAUUUUUUUAGAUUUUCAUAGAGAUGGGGUUUCACAUUGGUCAGGCUGGUCUCCAACUCCUGACCUCAGGUGAUCCACCCACCUUGGCUUCUCAAAGUGCUGGGAUUACAGGUGUGAGCCAUCACGCCCACCCAAAACCGGAUUUCUGAAAUGAGACCUGAAGGGUCCAGGAGUAUUUCCCCUAAACAGUGCCCUUUAUUCUCCUUCCAUGGGAAAAUUGCCUUAAACAGGGCCCUUUAUAUAGGUUAGGGAGGGUUAAUAAGACCUUUGAAGGCUUUACAGGGCCUCUGAGGAGGCUAAACAGAUCAGGAGAAGGGAAAGGGAGUACAGAUUAUGCUUGGGAAUAAUUAUCAGAGACAUCUUCCAGAAUCAGAAACCAUUUCUCUGCUGCAAGCCAGCUUAUGCGCCUAUGGUUGGCAAUCCCCCUGCCUACAAGGGAGGUGCCAGAGAUGGCCCUUGGCUUAAAGGAGGGCUUGUCUUGGGCUGCUGAAAUGUUAGGGUGUUCCAGGACAGAAUAAGGUCCCGCAGCUUGUUCUCAUGGCCCAAUAAUGAGAUGCAGACUGGGAAAGAAGGGAGUUUAUAGGCCAGGCACAGUGGCUCACACCUGUAAUUCCAGUACUUUGGGAGGCCGAGGUGCACAGAUCACCUGAUGUCAGGAGUUCGAGACCAGCCUGGCCAGCAUGGUGAAACUCCAUCUCUAUUUAAAAUACAAAAAUUAGCAGGCAUGGUGGUGGGCACCUGUAAUCCCAACUACUGGGGAGACUGAGGCAAGAGAAUUGCUUGAACCCGGGAGGUAGAGAUUGCAGUGAGCUGAGAUCAGGUCACUGCACACCAGCCUGGGUGACAGAGUGAGACUCUGUCUCAAAAAAAAAAAAAGCUACAAGUUUUAAAAAUAGACAUUCAAGGUUCAUGCCUAUGUGUGUGAGUAUACCUACAAGUCGUAGUGUUUCAUUCAAUCUAUAUAUAAUCUUUAGGGUCUAGGGUCUAGAAAGCCUUCUUUAGAGUUUUGCCAAGUUUCUUAACCUUGUUUAUUUUUGAGAUGGCAUACUCUCAGCUCACUGCAACCUCUGCCUCCCAGGUUCAAGCAAUUCUCCUGCCUCAGCCUCCCGAGUAACUGUGAUAACAGGUGCACGGCACCACACCUGGCUAAUUUUUGUAUUUUUAGUAGAGAUGGAGUUUUGCCAUGUUAGUCAGGCUGGUCUUGAACGCCUGACCUCUGCCCGCCCUCCCAAAGUGCUGAGAUCACAGACAUGAGCCACCAAGCCCAGCCAGAAAGUUUAUUAAUCUUAAGUGGGCCCUGUUACAAGGUGUAUGUAUAAAAAUGCUUCUAUUCUUUGAUCAGACUUUAGGGUCUGAGAA